ACGACACGUAACGAAGCCCCUCGUUGGACACUCAUCACUCUCUCUCACUGAUCCCGACCGCGCGCACAGCGCACAUUCCUCCAAAAGCGGGAACAACUACCGCCGCCGCUCCCCUCCGCCGUCGGCCGUUGGAAAAUUAACCAAAAAAACAGAGGAAGUUCCCUUACCACGGUUUCCCCCUUAGAGAUCCGCCUCCUCCGCUGAUUUCAAAUCCCACCAUCUGUCAGCCGAUACCAUCACUAAAAAUCAGUUUCUCUAUUUUGAAAUCCCUUUGAAACCAGAGACGGUUUUUCUGCGGCCAGUCGCGUAAAUCGGUCAAUCUCGUCACACCCAUUACUUUCUCUUUCCCUUUCUUCUUAUUUUCUCGGGAAAGUAGUGCGUCUCCCUCUCCAGUUUUCCCCCCCUCUUCGCGCAUUCGAGAAUAAUUCGUUUUCCUCCCAAGAAAACAAGUUAAUGGAAUGAAAAAGAAUCCCUAUUUCGUUUUCCCCAUUCAUCGAAAUUCCUCUUGCCUGCCUAUUCUGAACUAUCCUCCGCUUCUGCCGCCGCCGCCUUCGACGGAGGAGCGUCGAAAUUGAUUAACAUCGACCGAACGAGACGGUAGUCAAGGGACGAUUCCAUUGGUAUGGAACAGAAGCAGUUUCUUUUGUCGGCGUUGAGCGUCGGCGUCGGCGUUGGUGUAGGGCUGGGGUUGGCGUCACCGUCGGUGAGCAAAUGGGCCGGCGGGAACGCUUCGGCGACCAACGCCGUGACGGGGGAUAAGUUGGAGCAUGAGCUAUUGAGACAAGUGCUUCACGGGAGAGAAAGCGGCGUCACGUUUGCCGAGUUCCCUUACUACCUCAGUGACCAAACCCGAACAUUGCUGACAAGUGCUGCCUAUGUCCACUUGAAACAUGCCGAUGUUUCAAAGUACACGAGGAACCUUUCACCCGCUAGUCGAACUAUACUGCUCUCUGGCCCUGCAGAACUCUACCAGCAAAUGCUUGCCAAAGCUUUAGCUCAUUAUUUUGAUGCCAAACUGCUGCUGUUAGAUAUAACUGACUUCUCCCUCAAGAUUCAGAGCAAGUACGGCACGAGCAAGGAAACUUCUUCUUUUAUGAAAAGGUCAGCUUCGAUGGAGCGGCUGUCUGGUUUCCUGGGAUCCUUGUCCAUACUGCCCCAGGAUAGAGGGCCUAUGGGUGGUGGGACUCUACGUAGGCAGCACAGUGGAGUGGACCUUUCUUCAGCAGGUGGGAUGGAAGGUUCCUCUAAUCUCCCCAAGCUACGAAGAAAUUCCUCUACUUCUAAUAUGAACAUGCUAGCCGCACAAUCUGCUUCUGCAAAUACAGCUCCUUUGAGGCGACAAAGCAGCUUAUCUUUCGACGAGAAGCUUUUUAUACAGUCUCUUUACAAAGUCCUGGUAUACGUCUCCAAGACAAGUCCUAUGGUCCUCUACCUUAGGGACGUGGACAAGUUCCUGUCACGUUCGCAGAGAAUAUACAACCUGUUCCACAAAAUGCUGAAGCAACUGUCUGGAUCAGUGCUGAUCCUCGGUUCUCGAAGCGUGGAUCUCGACAACAACGACUACGUGGAGGUCGACGAGAGGCUCACAUUGCUGUUCCCUUAUAACAUCGAGAUCAAGCCGCCGCAAGACGAGAACCAACACAUCAACUGGAAGUCCCAGCUGGAGGAGGACAUGAAGAUGAUCCGAGUUCAGGACAAUAGGAACCACAUCAUGGAAGUUCUCUCGUCCAACGAUGUCGAUUGUGAUGAUCUGGAUACUAUCUGCACGGCUGACACGAUGGUUCUUGGUAACUACAUUGAGGAAAUUGUUGUGUCCGCUAUUUCUUAUCAUCUGAUGAACAGCAAGGAUCCUUAUUACCGUAAUGGGAAGCUCGUCAUUUCAUCUAAGAGUUUGGCCCAUGGAUUGAACAUAUUCCAAGAAGGCAAAUCUGUUGGCAGUAUCAAGUUAGCAACUCAGGCUGAACUCCCCAAGAAUGUAGGAAAGCCAGAAGUAAAAGCUGACGCAGUGGUACCAGAAAAGAAGGCCGAUACGGGAACAUCAGGAGGAGGAGGAGCUAAACCAGAUGCGGAUGCUCCGCCACCACCAAGGGCUCCAGAGGUCGCACCUGACAACGAAUUCGAGAAGCGCAUUAGACCAGAGGUGAUACCAGCAAACGAGAUCAACGUAACCUUUGCCGACAUCGGUGCUCUAGAAGAGACCAAAGAGUCACUACAGGAGCUGGUGAUGCUUCCCUUAAGACGACCAGACUUAUUCGACGGUGGACUGCUGAAGCCAUGCAGGGGAAUCCUGCUCUUUGGACCGCCCGGCACAGGCAAAACAAUGCUUGCCAAGGCCAUUGCUCGAGAAGCUGGAGCUAGUUUCAUUAACGUGUCAAUGUCUACAAUUACAUCCAAAUGGUUUGGCGAGGAUGAGAAGAACGUCCGUGCGUUGUUCUCGCUCGCGUCCAAGGUCUCUCCGACAAUCAUUUUCGUGGACGAGGUUGACAGCAUGCUCGGGCAGAGAACCAAGGUUGGGGAGCAUGAAGCCAUGAGGAAGAUCAAGAACGAGUUCAUGACUCACUGGGAUGGCUUGGCGACGAAGCAAGGAGAGAGGAUUCUUGUUCUUGCUGCGACGAAUCGUCCUUUCGAUCUCGAUGAAGCUAUCAUCAGGCGUUUCGAGCGCAGGAUCAUGGUUGGACUUCCUUCCGUGGAGAACCGGGAAAGGAUCAUGAAAACCUUGUUGUCGAAGGAGAAGGUUGAUGAACAAAUGGAUUUCAAGGAGCUGGCGACACUUACAGAAGGCUACUCCGGGAGUGAUCUGAAGAACUUGUGUACCACUGCUGCUUAUCGCCCAGUUAGGGAGUUGAUACAGCAAGAGAGGAAAAGGGAUAUGGAGAAGAAGAAAGCUGCAGAAGGUACAGAGGCGGCGGCGAAAGGAGAAAAGCAGGAGAGAGUGAUUACUCUUCGGCCGUUGAACAUGGAAGACUUCAGGCUGGCUAAAAACCAGGUGGCAGCUAGCUUUGCGGCAGAAGGAUCGAUAAUGUCGGAGUUGAAGCAGUGGAAUGACUUGUAUGGUGAAGGUGGUUCAAGGAAGAAGGAACAACUAUCCUACUUCUUGUAAAAUUAAUGCUUUAAUCCACUAACCUAAAGGAACUAGGGGGUUUAGUUCUGUCUGUGCAAAGCCAAAAUUGUGGGUUACUUUGAUUUUGUAAAACACCAUUAUGUAUGUAUGUGUAUUGUGUAUAGAUGAUAGUACUGAUGAAGAUAGCAAAGCCAAUCAGAUAAAUGUCUGCAGCCAGCUCCCCCGUCUGUAGGGGAAUGACAUGAGUUGAGCUCGCCAUGUCAGACUGAUUUUUGUUUGCUGUUGUUUUCCUUGCUAUUGAAAUUGUUGUUGUGUGUUAAACACAAUCAGUUAAUACAGUUAUACUAUAGAACCAUGAUCUUAACACACCACGGGAGAGUAGAACCUCGAUGUACAAGCAGAGACUUACAAUAUCAAACAAAGAUUAGAAUUUCCAUACAAGCUGCUUAUAUGAAAAUAGACGUCCACAGAAGUAAGCGGGGGGGAGAAAAAAGCCAGGGGGGAUGAUGAUCUAUGCACUAGUACUGGCCAAAGUUUUACCACAAAUAACUCCCUUCACAAAAUGCAGGCCAACAAAUCUUGUGUCACUACUCUCACGGAAUAAGCACCACAAAUGUAGAACCGCCCCAACCUGUUCAUUUAAGCCUUCUUCUUGUCCUUCAAUGGGCCUUUAGGAAUCUUACUUAGCACCUUGGCAUCAAACACUGCCCACUGUUUCUUGAUCUCGAUCCAAGCCUUCUCGCCCAAGGCAUCCACCUUGUCUUCAUACUUCUCAUAGAAAACUGGCACUGUGUGGAGCAGCACAAAAACUGUAUGCAAGGGGGGGAACAAAUCAAGACAUUCAGAACCUCGGGUCAAAACGGUGCACUUGCAAGAAUCCAAACGUUGGUUGGGUGGAGAUUGCAUUACCAAUGUAGAACAGAGUCAAGAAGUUGCACCAGCUUCCCACGAUAGACAAGACCCACAAACCAGCAAUUAUAGCAAGGAACUUCUUCAGAUCCCUCCCGGAUGCAACCUCACGAAGGGUAGCCAAGCCACGAUUGAUCUCAUUCCUAAGUGCAGCAGCGAAUUGCAGAACUGGGUCUUCAGGGAGAUGGACCUGUGGAAUUCGUGGAGGGGUUUUGUUGAUGAAGGCGGAGGCAUUGGACCACAGAAACAAAACAGCGAGUGCAAGGAUCAGGGCAUGGCAGACCAGAGUGAGAAGGUGGUACUCGAGCAAUUCAAAGAGCACCCACGCAGCAGUUGCUCCGCCAAGCACUCCUCCAGAGAUCUUCUUGUUCCUCCACAGGAAAACAUCCGCAGGUUUGCCACCACCGAGAACCUUGUGCACCGGCUGCUCGCGGCCAAAGAGACGUUUAAUUUUGGACUUCAUCGACGAGGGAGAAGCCGGUGAGGACGACUUCUUGGGGUGGUCGUCGUGAUCGGAGUCGGACGACGACGAGGAAGAACCAUCGCCACCGUGGAUCUUGUCCGCUAUCUUAUCAAGCAGCGACUCCUCCUUCUUCUCGUGAUGCUCAGCCAUGGCGAUCGAAUUCCUUCCAAAAACCCCUUCCAAAACCCUAAGAACUCUCCCCAAGCUAAGGUAAAAACUGAGAAAGAAAGGGUGAGGAAGUGAAUGGAAAACCUUUUUCCUUUCUUUU